AUGGGGAGAAGCCUGAUCUUCUACUGCUGCCUUGUGGCCGUCGUUGCCAUUUCGGUGCAAGCCGCGGCGCAAGACAAGGUAGACAACUUCGACGUGGACGAGAUCCUCAACAACGACCGCCUCCUGAUAUCCUACAUCCUAGACGCAGACGACGGAAAGUGCACCACCGAGGGCAAGGAGAUCAAAACUAAGCUGCCAAAAGUGUUGGCGGCGGGAUGUGGAGACUGCUCGCCUAGCCAGCUGGAGAGGGCUAUCAAGAGCCUGAAGCACAUCACAGAGAAGCACCCUGCAGAGUGGACCAAGCUGAAGGCCAAGUUCGACCCCACGGCGAGAGUGUAUACUACGUGGUUGCUAUACUAG